AGGACUCUGGUAUUUCUUUACUUCCAGCACUUUGGGUCGUGUUCUAUUUAUUUCCUUUUCCCUCCCGUCUAUCCCUGUGUGUAGAGUCUGGUUCGGUCUUCAGUCAUCCGCGCCACCGCUCUACUAACGCCCCGAGGCUGCAGCUGCCACACCGGCCGGCCGCGGAGCGCCACACGCUGAUCAAUAAUUCACCAGCUCGACGCCUCUCCGACCCGUUACCCCGGAGCAGCCUCGGGUGGACUGAGGCUACCACCGAUAUUUAGCUACUCACGAGAGAGGAGGUUUAUUCUCCCGUGAUUUAAAUACAGCCUCAGUAAGCUUUAGCCAACAGGCAUAAGAUCCUUUCAGUGCGUCCACGGAUUAGACCGUCGCAAUGUGUACUACUCGUAUUGUUGCCUGACUGCAACGGCAUUCGUGGACGCCUCUCGCGUUCUUCUGUCCGGGAACAGCGGGGGUCCCGUUAUGGUGCGGACAGUCGGAGUAUCGAAAGAGGGAGAUGCACUCAAGGCAAACAGGAACUGACUUCAGGACAUAAAGACGAAGAAAAUCACUCACUGUCACGCAGAACGUCUUCGUACAAGCAGUUCUGCGUAGCUACACCGGCGCUCGCGGAGACUUUCAACCGGGCUUGUGCAUUCCCCGGUCGGUGCCGACAGCGAGGCUCCAUCGCUCGGCUGAUGACAACAGGAGAAUAUAUUUUAAACGGAACAGUUUAGGAACAGAGCCCGGAGACGGCGAUAAUCCAUCGUUUCGUAAAGUGGCGGAGAAAGCUUUACUUUUACAGACGGAACAAGCUCCGGGAAACAGCCCGACUUGUUGAGUUCUUUUUUCUCUUCCGGUAUCACCGGAGAAACCGACUGGUGCACCCGCUCCCUCUCCUCUUUUUUGGACGCUGAAAGUUUAAAGAAAAAUGGGUCUUUGAGGAGAGCUGGCAGAUUCCCCUCAACUACAAUGGCCACAGAAUCGUAUCUGGUGCAUGAGGGUCCCCAUCGAGCUUCUGGCAUCUCAGAGUGUUUCCUAGUGCCUGAAUCCUACAGGGAUGAAUUCCAUCCCUUCAUCGAGGCUCUCCUCCCGCACGUGCGGGCGUUCUCCUACACCUGGUUCAAUCUGCAGGCCCGCAAGCGCAAGUACUUCAAAAAGCAUGAGAAGCGCAUGUCCAAGGAUGAGGAGCGCGCCGUCAAAGACGAACUCCUGGGCGAGAAGCCCGAGAUCAAGCAGAAGUGGGCGUCGCGGCUGCUGGCCAAAUUGCGCAAGGACAUCCGGCCGGAGUUCCGCGAAGACUUCGUGCUCACCAUCACGGGGAAGAAGCCGCCGUGCUGCGUGCUGUCCAACCCUGACCAGAAAGGCAAGAUCCGUCGCAUUGACUGCCUGCGGCAGGCCGACAAGGUCUGGCGUCUAGACCUGGUGAUGGUGAUCCUGUUCAAGGGGAGCCCACUGGAGAGCACGGACGGAGAGAGACUGGUCAAGUCCCCGCAGUGCUCCAACCACACCCUGUGCGUGCAGCCGCAUCACAUUGGAGUGUCCGUCAAAGAGCUGGACCUGUACCUGGCCUACUUCAUCCACAUGCCAGAAUCUGGGCAAUCAGACAAUUCCAAUCAACAGGGAGAAGUGGACAUCAAACCCCCACCAAACGGACACCUGAGUUUUCAGGACUGCUUUGUGACUUCAGGGGUGUGGAACGUAGCCGAGCUGGUACGAGUGUCUCAGACCCCUGUUGCAGCAGCAUCCGGUCCUAAUUUCUCUCUUGCGGAUCUGGAAAGUCCCGGUUACUACAAUAUCAACCAAGUAGCACUUGGCCGACGUUCACUUGCCUCUCCUCCAUCCACAAGGUCUGAGGUGGAGCUGUACGCCAGUCUUCCUCGGAGCUCUAAUAAGCGUAAGUCUAUAGAUGACAGUGAGAUGGAGAGUCCUGUCGAUGAUGUCUUCUACAGUCGUUCUCCGGCUGGCACCAGCUCCCAGUCCAGCGGCUGGCCGAAUGAUGUCGAUGCAGUGCAGCACCAUUUGACGAGUAUUCAAGAGAGGAAGAUAAAACAUGAGAAUGAUGGUGUGCAGUUUCCUUACCAUGGGCUGUCCUCUCCUGGGUCUCUAAAGAAGCCAGCGGGGAAAUUCGAUUUCAGCGCCCUGUCAGCACAGACGAGGUCCCCCCGAAUGGCCUUCACACACCACCCGCUGCCCAUGCUGGCAGGCGUGAGACCAGGGAGUCCGCGUGCCUCAGCUUCUGCCCUUCAUUUCCCUGCUCCUUCCAUCAUCCAGCAGUCCAGUCCAUACUUCACCCACCCCACCAUCCGCUAUCACCACCAUCAGGACCCGCUCAAAGAGUUCGUCCAGUUCGUCUGUGCUGACGGCUCCGGGCAGCCAGGGGCACAGCCUAACGGGAGCGGUCAGAACAAACUGCCCAGCUCCUUCUUACUGCCUCCUCCUCCUCCUCCGGUAGCGCGGCCGGUGCCGAUGCCCCUCCCCCUGCCCGAGCACAAACCCAGCCACACACACCCCGAGAGCGGAGGCGGCUCUCCGGCCUCGCCCUCAGCAUACCCAGCGUCAGGCUCCUCAGCUUCCAACAGGUUUGUCAGCAUCGGAUCACGGGACAACUUUCUGAACAUCCCACAGCAGACUCAGUCAUGGUUCCUUUGACGAGACUUUUCAUGAAUGACACAGACACAAAUCCACAAUGAAAACUGGAAAUGGAGUCACAAAGCUAAGUAUGGAACUUUCCCGCAGGCCCCCCCUUUAAAGUCUCACUCACACACACAAAACACACGCACAGAUACACACUCGAUUGCCCAAACUGCUGACACCCUCUUUGGAUCGAGGGAUCUGGAAGACUUCAUCAUUACCCUGCCAGUCUGGAUAGCUCGGAGAACAAAACAAAGAAAUGACACACUGAUGCUAUCGUCAUCUUCCUGAGACAUCCAGCACAUCAACCAACCCCAUUUACCUUUCCUUCAUUUGUUCAUCCGCCAGUCAUAUGCCAUGUUGAGGAAAAUCCAUCUCUUCCCAGUCAGAACUCUUUAGAAAAUUAAAUAAUAAAAAAUGGACCUUUGAUUUCGGACACAUGUGAUUGGAUGGAGAGACUUGGCUGAAGCCUUCUGAUUGGCUCAGGCUUAGACUUCCUUAUUUGGAUUUGAUGAUUUUGGUGAUGCCCUCUGUUCCACAGUGUGAACUCGGCAUCCUCUCACUGUUUACCAGUUGACAAGCAAUAGACUGUAAGCAAAACAACAGAUAACACUAACCCAGUGCAUUUCACCUAAACAUAUGCACAUAUUGUCUUAGAUUUGUGAUGUGGAGUCAGGCUACAUGUUUGUAAGGUAAAGCACACACAGAUGAGCAAUACACACAUCAAUGACAGCGCUACACUGAGACAAUAGACUGAGACACGCAUCACAGCAUCAUAUAGACAGCUGAUGACAGGAAUGGGAAGGGUCAAGCACGAGUGACUGUAAUGUCAAGCUUGUGACUCAUCAUUUUUCAUUUUGUAGUGUUUUAAAUGAUUAAAAGGCCAGUGAUUUGAGUCAUAAAACUGGUUUGCAUGAACUAAUGAGGGUGCAUUUGGUGCAUCCAUCUCUGACCUCUUCGCUACCGUCUAUCAAUCAAUGCUUGUGCAUCAGUAUCCUACAGUCGACCCUGCAAACAAGGGCUUCUUCUGCUUUACUUUGCAUUUGGUUUGGUGUUGCAGUAUUUUUUUUUUUUUUUUUAGGUGAAUGUCAAAACUUUCCAGGUCAUAUUUCACCCUAAAACCAAAUUUCUAAAAUUAUGUUUGAAAGUAAUAAAGAAAUAUGAUUACAAAAAAAACUUCAUCAAUAACAUUUAACAGUGAAAUUAUUUUCCUAAUAAUCAAGCCAAUUUUCUCUAAAUGUUCUCACGGAAAAUUAUUAAUCUCAUUACUGUGCUGUAAUGCAAAGCAUUUUAUUUGAUUAUUAUUAUUAUUAUGUUAUGAUUACUGAUUAUUUACUAGUUAGAAUUAUGGAUGAAAAUGUGCUUAAUUGUCAUAGAAAUAUAGUCACAAUGCAGUCAAUCUCAAUGACCCAAAAAUGGGUUUUGAUUCUGGGAUGUGACCUGGAUAUGUUUUUGUGACGUGCCCAUUCACUUGUGUUUUUUAAAUCUGGUUUUUUGUGAUUUUAGUUUGUAUAACGUCAGAUUGGACAGCAUGUGGAAUUGUGCUAUUUUGUUUUUAGAGUAACAGGUUAAGAUCAACUCUCCUUCAACUAGAAUGUGACUAACAAACAAACAGACAAUCUCAUCUUUUCCUCUUAGAGCUUAAUUAAUCAGAUGUUUUAGAUCGUUAUUAUGUCGACAGUGCUCUGCCCUUCCUGUCAAUCAUGUUUUCCAUCACUUUACAGUUAGUUUGUAUAUUUACCAUCAGUUUUUUUCCUCCACUCCUCGGUUUUUUGUUUCAGUUCACAGGUACAGCCUGACUCGCACAACAAUCUACUCACGGCCGACUGCCAUUAUAUUUAGCCUGUCAGCACAGUGGUCAACUAAAUAAGAUACAUGCACACAUACACAAACAUUGCACAAUGACACACACCCACUUCCUUAAAGGACAAAGGGAAACCUUUAAACUCAAACCCCUAUAUCAAACAUGAUUUUACAAUAUGCACCCUAUUUAAAGUACAGUGUAUUUAACUUUUAGGUGAACUCAAAAAACAAAGUCAUGUUUUCAGUACAAACACUCUAAACCACUGACCUCACUAAAUAACUGGACUGCCUGGCUGUCAGUCACAUUGUCAGGGACUCUGAUUGGCUGAGAGCUGACAAUUUCAUCAUUCACUUGAAACGCAUCAAAGUGCCUCAGUGUCCCCUUUACAUGCAAUUCAGGGUCUUCACUUCAUGUAUAAGCUACAGAAAAUAUGUACAAUAUGUAUCAUGGACUUGUCAAACAUCAAAUAAGCAACUGCAAACAUUAUAUUUAUAGAACAUAUCGUACUUUUACUGUGUGUGUGUUUAUAUAUAUAUAUAUAUAUAUAUAUAUAUAUAUAUAUAUAUAUAUAUAUAUAUAUAUAUAUAUAUAUAUAUAUAUAUAUAUAUAUAUUAGUUCUUCCGCUGUGAAAUUAGCUCUAUGGCAGUCUAGUUAUUUUUUGACCUUUGACCCGAGUCAGUGAUGUCAUCAGAAAUGUCCAAACAUGUUAAACCCACAAACAUCGUAUCAUCUUGUCAGAACCGCCAGGACUGUCGGAUCAGGUCAGUGCAGAUCAAAAACAGGACACAAAUACAGCUUCAGAGCAGAAACUAAUUUUUCAGAGAAAUCAAAAAUUCUCUUUGUUGAAAAGUGUUAUUAUUGAGAGGGAAAAGAAGUUCUUUGUGGACUGAGCCUUGUGCAAUGUGUUGGGUAGAUAUCUGUGUUUUUCUUCAGAUUUUUAAGGAAGCGAAGCAAGUGAAAAAAAAAGACAAAAAAAAUUAAGUCUGCAAGCUCCUGGACUCUAAACACAAGGGCCACAAAAAGAAUCCCAGUCUUUCAAAGUGUUAAAGAGGGGAAGUUAAUUUUUACUUUUCAUUUAUCUUUUUUUAAUGUUUUAUUUGUAAGCUUUUGUUUUUAAACUAUUCUAGGGGAGCCGAAGGAAUGAUUUUACAAAAGCAAAUGUAUUAUGACAAAAAUGAAAGAAAAGAAAUACUGGUGCUUCUGAUACUCAUAUGCGAAUAAUACCACACCAGAACAACUGUUUCUGACGAGCCUCUGUUUCUCUCCUAUUCUCUUUUGUAUUUACUAAGGGGGUUUCAUAUUUUUAUAUAUAUAUAUUUUGGUUCUGACAAAAGGCAUUUUAUUACAACCUUUAAGAAAGCAGUGCCCAUUCUUUCUUCUUCAAAUGGUGCAUUCAAGUCAUGUCAGAAAGAUCGUAUUUAUGAGUUGAAAGCAAAGGAACGUCACCACAAUGUCAUAGCAAUUGAUGCAGCAUCUAAAUUUGUUAAAAUGUAUGAAAUUAUAUAUACAUUACAUUUGCAAUAAAGUUGCAUAAUAAAUUAUGAUAAUACUCCACAAUUGCAAUAUAAUGCACAACGAUUCUGUUCACAGCACCUCCAUGAAUUGAAUAAAAAUCAAAAUGCACACCUGAUACGCAUUAUUUAUUUGCCAUUUUUCAGAAGAACAGUAGAAGGGGAUUUAAACACACUUGAGGACUUCACAACUCGUAAAUACGAACGUUCCCGGAGGACUUGAAUGUACCGUAAUAGCAGAUGAAUAUGCAGAAAAGCAUGUCUUGGUUGGAGGAACGGCUAUAAUGAAGCGUCACGAUUGAGAAUAGAGUAGAGGGUUCGUCACAUUCACUCUGGGCUUCAUUUAGAGAAGAUUGUAUCGAUGUUAAUGUGAGUAGGGUUUUGUUCGUUGUAGUUUAGAGCACAUGUGGUUCAAGAUGAGAGGCAAAAAACGCAUCUGGAAAAAAAAACAUUCAGUGCCCCACGGCCACCCCGUUAUCAUCCUGGAAACAGUUCCUGUAUGUAAAUGAGCUCCCAUAGUGUUCGUGCUGUAGUGUAUAGGUGAGCAUUUAAAGGUUGAGCCAUUUAAAGUGCCUUUUGUUCACAGACACCAUCUUGUAAAUGAUGAACACCCAUCUUUCCUCCUUCUGUGCUUUUCCAAGCUGUAAACACAGUGUAUAGUAUUACAAGAAAAUGGAUGUGAUUUCGUUCUUUUAUUGUACGAUGAUUAAAAAAAAGGGUCCCUUUUUCUCUGUACCUGUCUUUAUCAGUUUCUCGCUCUUGGCACCGUAGAUGUCUAUCCUUAUCUUUCCUCCCUCUCCCUACUUUUGAUGAAAAAAUGUUGAACCUUUUUCUCUCGAGCAAGAUGUUGUAAACUCUGUUAUAUCCCUGUCUGUAUGCUUCACAUGUUUAUAUCAUACACAUCUCUUGCUCUUUGGUCAAACGCAGUGAGCACUGAGUUGAAGUCGACCCAGGACCGGCUCCGCUCACCUUUCCUAAAUCUGAGACCAGCAGUACCGGUGUGUCUUGGGAAGCGGUGCGGUCCUGGUACCAAAUCAUUUUGGGCUGUCGGUGGAGAGCGCUGAACCAGAAGAUGCACAAUAGCUCUGUCGUGUUUGUUUGUGUGUAUUUAUUUCCAUUUUAGUCAUAAUUCAAAAGUCUCUAUAAAGCACCUUUUAGUGGUUGAGACCAGCUGUUUAAAGAACUUGCCCGAUGAUUUACUAAUUGCACCUUAUGCAUCGAUUAAAUCAGAAGACAUAGUGCACUUAGAAUAAUAUAUGACAUGCAUUUACAAGUACUGAUCCAGAUGUGGUGGCAGCUUUGUAAUCUAUGGUUGGACUAGUAAUAGGUUACGUUAGCAGUAAAAUCUUCCCUACAUCCACACUGGCUUGUGUCAGUAUUAUUAAACUUUAGUUGCAGACUUUUAUUCAUAGUCUGCCCCGAUUUACCCAUGGAUAUCUACUCAGAUUGUGUUUCCAAUUUGCUUGUUUUGAUACAGAAGUAUCUCUGUUCCAGCACUCUCCAGAGCCUCUGGCAAUCUGCAUGUUAUUUACAGAUUCUUUUCCAUUAUAAAAAACUACAAUGUUUGUAAAGAGCAGCACCUGAUUGAAUAAAUGAUGUUCUUGACUGUACAAAAA